AUGGCGCAACCGAUUCCAUGCUGCCUGCCUAAGUUUGGCAGUGGUCACUCCGGGCCGAAGCGGCCGGCUUCUCUGAGGACCAGAAUCAGUGCUGCGCAGACCACCCAGUUACUGUCCGCUUGGGAUCAGGGCCGACUAGACCCUCUCCUCGAGGCCUCCUGGGCCAUUCUCUUACACCACUACACCGGGCUGGAAGAAACCUGUUUUGGCUAUCAACCAUCAACAUCGUCUUCAUUUCCAUCUGCUGCACAUAAUGAUCUUAAUGAUCUUAAUCACUUAAUUCUUAAUCUGUCCAUUGCCGAAGAUGACUCCCUCCAAAGCGUUCUGCGUAGAGCAGAAUAUAAGCAUCACGGCUUCGGGGACGGCGAUGCUGAGAAAUGCGGAACCGUUUCCCCUGUUCAUAACGGCUACACUUUGUUCAACACCAUUCUCAUGCUACGCGACUGCCGCAAGCCGACACCAAACGCUGGAACCCUUGCCAUGCAACCGGUUUUGGCCAAUCCCCUGCCAGAAGAGUGCCGAGUGAGGCUUCAUGUCAAGAUCUUGCAAGAUGAUGUGCGCAUCUUCUUCGAGUAUUGGAACCAUGAUAUCUCUACCGAGCACGUGAGAUGUGUCGCCGAUUACUUCGAGGAGAUCCUCGCCCAUCUACUGUCAGCGACGGAUAUUGCCGUCAAGGACGUGGGCCGUCUCUCAGAUCGCGACUGGGCCCGUAUCUGCAGGUUCAACUCCGCCAUGCCGGAAUCUUACGAUCGUUGCAUCCAUGAAGUCUUUCAGGAACAGGUCUUGGUGCGCCCGGACAGCGAAGCUGUCUGUGCUUGGGAUGGGAGCUUGACGUAUAGAGAUCUGGAUCUGUUAUCGUCUCAAGUUGCAUACAAUUUAUUCGCACAGGGGGUUCGACCCGAAACAUGCGUCGCCCUGUGUUUUGAUAAGUCGAAAUGGAACGUCGUGGCAAUGUUGGGUGUUUUGAAGGCUGGCGGGGCCUUCGUCCCGAUGGAUCCAACUCAUCCACUUUCUCGCUUACAAUAUCUGGCAGGCGCCGUAAAGGCCGACAUCUUGCUUUGCUCUAGAAAUCAUACGGAGGCUUUGAGCCAAGUCACGAAGACUAUAAUCCCCCUUGACCAGGAAACGAUCAAUGGUUUGCCUUCGAUCAAAAAUGCUGAUGCUUUACCGCAAGUGGAAGGUCGCAACGCAGCCUAUGUGAUUUUCACUUCGGGAUCCACGGGGGAGCCAAAGGGUACUGUGCUGGAACAUCGAGCCUUUGUUUCAAGUGCCAUAGCCCACGCUCCACGACUUCACAUUUCUUCUACCUCCCGUCACCUACAAUUUGCAGCACACACUUUCGAUGCAAGUCUGGUCGAGCUGCUCACUACCUUGGUAGUGGGUGGUUGCAUCUGUAUACCAAGCGAGGAGGAACGUCUCGGGGAUAUAGUCAAAGUGAUCAACGAUAUGAAGAUUAACAACGCUUGUUUGACCCCGUCGUUUGUUGAGUUUAUUGAUAUUUCGCUUGUCCCAGGAUUGGAGGUUCUUACCCUGGCCGGUGAAGCCAUGUCUCAGGCUCAGGCGACCACUUGGUCGAAGAUCCGUCUUGUCAACGGCUACGGGCCGACGGAGAGCGCUGUUGCCGCCGUCAUCAAUUCCAAUGUUACCGCGACCACCGACUGUAGGGACAUUGGCCUUCCCGUCGGCGUCCGUUGCUGGGUUGUGGCCCCCGACAACCAUGAUCAGCUCGUCCCCGUCGGUUCGCCCGGUGAAUUGGUAUUGGAAGGCCCGACGCUUGCCCGUGGCUACCUGAACAACCCGCAGAAAACGAAUGACGCUUUCAUUUUCGAUCCUGCUUGGACUAAACUGGACACCACCCACAACGCCACCCGCAGAUUUUACAAGACAGGAGACCUGGUAAGAUACAAUUCUGAUACUGGCUCACUAAACUAUAUAGGGCGCAAAGACACACAAGUCAAAUUUCAUGGUCAGAGGGUAGAGUUGGGGGAGAUUGAGAAUCAGUUGGCGACUGAUCCCAAUGUCAAACAUUGCUUGACUUUUCUAUCAAAGUCAGGGUUUUCAUCAGGCAAACUCGUUGCGGUAUUCUCUCUUUCCGUUCAGUUUGAAGGCCAGCACAGCUCAGACAAAGCGCCACUAGAGCUUAUUGAUCCGACUAGAAAGGCACCGAUAGUUGCCGAGAUCAGGGAAAGAUUAUCGAGCCGCCUGCCGACCUACAUGAUCCCGGGCGUGUGGCUUUGCGUGGAAUCCCUGCCCUUGCUCGCAUCCGGGAAAAUAAACAGAAAGGCCACUGAGAAGUGGAUUGGGGAGAUGUCGGAGGACCCAGAUCGCCAGACUCUUACCUUGGAGACAGCAGACGCGACCAUGCUCCCAACUAGCACCACUGAGGAACAAAUAGCUUCGAUCUGGAGCCGUGUUCUUAAUAUCCCAAGGGCUCGAAUCGGAACGGACCAGGGCUUUCUAAGCCUUGGCGGCGAUUCGAUCGCAGCAAUCACUUGCUUGGGAUUCUGCAAGAAGCUGGGAAUGGGCUUAAAUGUACAGGAUGUUCUUCACAGCAGAUCGAUUCGGGAAUUAGCAACACGUGUCAAGCGGAUUGACCAGUCAGUGGUGUACGAAGAGGAGGUCGAGAAGCCCUUCGAUCUUUCCCCGAUCCAGAAGCUCCAUUUCAUUGUCCGAGACGAGGGGCAGGGCCACUUCAACCAAAGUGUCCGCACUCGCAUUAACAAACACAUUCCAGAGCAUGACCUGCGAUGUGCUGUCGAGAAAAUUAUCACCCGUCACUCUAUGCUCCGCUUCCGUCUGGAGAGAAGCAAUGUCGACGGUGGUUUUCAGCAGCGGAUCACUGAAGAUGUGACUGGCUCGUACCGCUGGCGUGCACAUGAUGGUGUCAGCCAGGAUAAGAUUGAUGCGGCUGUUGCCGAAAGCCAGUCUUCCAUGGAUGCUUUUGUAGGGCCGAUUUUUGCUGUGGACCUCUUCCAUAAGAACGGUGUUAAUACUCUACUGUCCUUGGUCGCUCACCAUAUGGUUGUCGAUAUUGUUUCUUGGCGCAUCAUCUUGGAGGACCUGGAAGACCUAUUGCUCAACCCCGAUCAACCCGUCUCCCAAAAUGGAUCGCUCCCCUUUCAGACUUGGUGCCGGCUGCAAGCCGAACAAUGCCAACCAUCAGAAUUGACAACAAUGGAAGAGUUGCCUGAGAUCCCGGAGCCUAAUUACUCUUACUGGGGACUUAAGCACAAGCAAACCACAUACGGUGAUGUCGAUUGUGAGACUUUCGAGCUUGAUGCCGAAAGUACGCGCGCGGUCCUGAUGGACUGCCAUCAGACCUAUUCAACUGAGCCAAUUGAUGUUCUCCUGGCCGCUCUCCUGCAUUCCUUUGGAGAAACAUUCAAAGACCGUUCGUUGCCUGUCAUUUACAACGAAGGUCACGGACGAGAGCCGUGGGACCCGACCAUAGAUAUUUCGCGUACUGUUGGGUGGUUCACAACUGUCUAUCCCAUUCUUCUCUCGUCCAUCCCAUCAUCUGAUCCAUCAGAGACAGUUGUCCGUGUCAAAGAUCUUCGCCGUCGCGCCGCCGACAAUGGUCGUCAGGAUUUUGCUCGGCGCGUCUUGACAACUCGGGAGGACGGAACCUCUCUGCACUAUAGCCCUUUCGAGAUGUCAUUCAACUAUGUCGGCCAGCACCGUGACCUACAAAGAAAGGAUGGCCUCUUUCAGCUUAUGAAUCAGAUGGCGGGAGAAACAGGUCAAGGUGGAGGUGCAGCUGACUUCGGUGCCGACACUCCUCGCUUCGGGCUUUUCGAAAUAUCUGCCAUGGUUGUCCAGGACAAUCUCCGGUUCAUAUUUUCCUUUAACAAACAUAUGCAGCACCAAGAACUCAUCAGGGAUUGGGUCCAGUGCUGUAGAUCUUUGCUGCAGUCCAUAGGUCAAAGUCUCCAAUCUGCCCAUCCCAAGCCAACAUUGAGCAGUUUCCCCCUACUGAAGCUCUCAUACAAUGACUUGGAUACCAUAAUCACGAAAAGACUUCCGAACCUCGGUGUAGUUUCAGCUGAAAAUGUGGAAGACAUUUAUCCCUGCUCAACGAUGCAGCAAGGAAUUCUUCUGAGCCGUUCCCGAGAUACUACCCUCUAUGCUGUGCACGGCACAUUCGAGGUAACAGGGCUGAGAGGCAAGCCUACCGUGGAUCGUCUGACGACAGCAUGGCAAAGAGUUGUGGCUCAUCAUGCAAUGCUGCGGACCUUGUUCUUAGAGAACCUGACAAGCAAAGACCUCUUCUGUCAGGUGGUUUUGAAAUCCUAUGACGCCAAACCUCAAUACUUGCUCUGCGGAUCCGAAGCGGAUGUACUGUCCACUCUUGAUGCACAGCCAGCACCACUCUACGACCAUUCUCAUCCGCACCACCGCUUUACGAUCUGCGAGACCGCCAAUGGAAAGCUGUUCUGCAGGCUUGAGUUUAACCAUGUUGUCAUCGAUGGUAACUCAAUUUCGAUCAUCCUCCGCGAUCUUCAGCUGGCUUAUCAAGGCGAACUCGAAGACCCAAAGCCGAAAUUCAGGAACUAUAUGCAGUAUCUACACCAGACGUCGCAGCGAGCCAGCAUCGACUAUUGGCGCUCAUAUCUAACAGGGAUCAAACCUUGUCACUUCCCCGUGCUCAACGAUGGUAGCACUUCUAUCCGGGAGUUACGGACUAAGCGACUGAGCCUUCCUUUCUUCAAGGACCUUCGGAAAACAUGUGAAGCAAAUGGGCUCACAUUACCCACCGCUUUCAGCGCUGCAUGGGGUCUGACAGUUCGUGCUUUCUGCAACUCAGAUGAUGUCUCCUUCACAUAUUUGGCAUCAUUGCGAGAUGUUCCUGUAGAGGGAGUUGAAUCUGUCGUUGGACCCGUCAUCAACACACUGACCUGUCGCAUACAAUUUCCUGAGAAUGUUUUACUCAAGGACGUUCUCUCUAGAGUUCAGAACGACAACAUCGAGAAUCUACCUUACCGGCACCUUCCUCUCGUUGAUAUCCAAAAGGCUCUUGGAAUCUCAGAUUCUCUUAUCAACAGUGGCAUCUCCUACAGAAAACUUCCAACGUCAGACUUGAGGGCAAGAGGGGAGAUCCGCCUUUCCGAGGUGGGAAUAAUCCACGAUCCUGCCGAAUCUCCCGUGUUCAUUAAUGUCGAGGCUACUGAUGAGAAUGCCAACAUCGAGUUGAAUCAUUGGACAGAUCAUCUCUCCGUCGGACAAGCUGAACAUGUCGCCAGCACAUUCCUCAAAUCUCUUGAGAACAUUGCAUUCCACUUGAACGAGAAUGUCCGCAAGCUCGAUAAUUUCAGUGAUUUAAACAAGCAGCAGAUCGAGGCCUGGAACAAGCAUAUGCCAAGUGCUGUGGACAUUUGCAUUCAUGAAGUAAUUGAAGCAUACGCAAAAUCGACGCCGGACUCACCGGCCGUCAUCGCUGAGGAUGGAACUUAUACUUACCACAAAGUUGACGAGCUUUCCUCGCUUCUUGCGGGCUAUCUCAUCCAGCUCGGUGUGAGCCCGGGUGACAUCGUGCCAAUUGAUUUCGACAGAUCUGGCUGGCAGAUAAUAGCAAUCUUGGCUAUAUCAAAAGCUGGGGGUGUCUGCAUUCCGCUGAGUGCUGACUUGCAGCAAUCCAUUGAAGACUGGACGGUAAUGGAUGAAGCACAAGUUGCUCUUGUGUCUCCAACCCAUGCGCAAUUACUGGAAGGAACUGUCCCAUAUGUCCUUCCUGUAGAGGAGUCUCUGUUUGAGUUCCUGCCUCGGAGAGAUAUGGGCUUACGGUCACCUGCUGUCCCGUCGCAAGAUGGAUACGUGGUGUUCACCACUAUGAAAUCUAAGGCCGUUGUUCUCAGCCACCGUGCAAUCAUGACCCGGGCAAAGUUUUUCGCAUCGGAGCUUGGCUUGAACAACAAGAACUGCAUGUUUCAAUCGUCAUCUUACACUUCAGAUAUGUUUCUGCAAGAGACGUUCGGUACGUUUUUGGCUGGUGGCAGUAUCUGCAUCCCGUCCAAUACCAGCUCGGAACAGCUCGCACGCGAGUUCAAGAAGCUACAGGCAAACUCCAUCAGCCUGGCGAUAUCAGCCGCAUCAGCGCUGAAGCCAGCGGUUUUCAAUAGUGUCGAGGUUGUUGCUCUGUGGGGUGAGGGUCUGACAAGGAAGCUUGCCGAAACUCUGCCUAAGAGAGCCAAAGUUCGUGUCUUCUACGGAACAACUGAGUCCUCGUCUACUUCCAUCCAAACCUCUGGUUUCGCAGCAUCUGAUGACCAUCUAAUCAUUGGAUCUUCUGUCGGAUGCGUUCCUUGGCUAGCCGAUCCUAAUGACUCUAGCGUUCUUGUUCCAGUGGGAUGCGUGGGAGAACUAAUCUUAGAGGGCCCUUGUCUCGCCCGCGGUUACCUCGAUGACGAGGAGCAGACGGAGGAAUCUUUCAUGAAUAGCCCGAGAUGGAGCCUUGAUCAUCACAACGAGGCUGCUGAAGACUCAGAUCCAGCACGUUUGCUGUUCAAGACCGGAGACCUUGCUCGUUUCAACUCGGAUGGAUCCCUUGUGUAUGUGGGUAAGAAGAAUGGUGGUAGUCGGGCCGAUACUCUGCAUAUUGAGCAGCGCCUGUCCACGCUGACAUCUAUCAAUACUCCAUACGCCGUCGAAAGUAUCUCUAAGAGCGGCGAACAGAAUUCUCAAGAGGCCAAGGCCGUGUUCAUGUUCAAUGGCUCGAAGGCCAACGUGGCUGAGAAUCAGAUCAUUGCGUCUAUGACACCCGAGUUCUAUGAACACGCGAACAAGUUACAUGCUCAAGUAUCCCACCAAUUACCGGAAGACCAAGUCCCUAGGUUCUAUUUCCAGGUACCCAGGAUGCCAUUGACAUCGAGUGGUAAAUUGAACCGACAGCUACUGAAAGACGCCUACAACCGCUUGCCAGAGGCUUCCCGGCUGGCUUCUGACAUUAAGGGGUUUAAUGACUUCUGGAGAUCCCAGCUAGCCAAUUCAUCUCAGCCUCAGCGGGUUACCUCUCGUGCGAGCCCAUUGAGCGCAUAUUCUCCCAAGUACGGAAGACAAAACGUGCAGGUUACCUGGUGCAAUGCUGUCAGAUCGGUCAAGGAAGGCCCGAGGUCCGCUAUCCUUUCCGCUUGGGCUCUCACCAUGCACGGUUACAGUGAGUCUGAUGAUAUCAUCUUUGGAGAGUCUCUCAUGGGCACCGAGGAUUCGAUUGAGAACGCACAGCAUGCGGUCAUCGUUCCCCGGCGUUUCCAGAUUGACAGCAACUCCACUGUUACUGAACUGCUGGAAAACACCGAAAGAAGCUUGACUGCAGCUAAGCGCUACCAGUGGGCAGGGCUUCGCCACAUCCAAAACCUCAACGCUGACACAGCACGCGCCCGCACUUUUGGCAGCUUGCUUUCGGUGAUAGAAGGAAAUGAGCAUUCAGGGUCAGAGGCUGUUAUACUUUCUCAGGAUGAAAUCACUUCCUUCCCGUUGCUGGUGCAGUGUACGCUCAAGGAUGAAGAUGUAGAGUUAGCUAUCCGUCUUGACGAAGCGGCUCUAGACUCGGCCCAAGUCGAACGCUUGAUGGCUCAAUUUGUUGCUUGCUUGCGACUUCUGAGUUCCGGCGAACACCUGACAGAGACUAUCGCGGACCUUUCCAGAGCCCAUGAUGGCUUCCGUACUUUCCAGAGUGGUAUUCCAAUCUGGAAGAGAUAUUUGGCCGAUGUCGAAUCAUGCAUGUUCCCUAUUUUGUGUGCCAACUCAUCUGAGAACUCGCGAGCUCACAAGACACUGACUAUCAGCAAUGCAAGCGACCUUCAAGCUUUCUGCCGGAACAGAGGAAUUACAGAGUCUCUACUUGUCGAAAUGGUCUGGGGUCUGACCCUCCGCUGCUAUACCGGAAUGGAAGAUGUAUGCUUCGGAAUUCAUGCACCAGAAGUUGGCAGCGAUGACUCGUUCAAAUAUUUCGACACGGAUCCUUCGAGCAACGUCCUUGCUUGCAGACUCAAACUCGAUGACAAUAUGACGCCUGAGCAAGCCAUGCAGCAGAGAAGAAUUGACAGCGAGCAAUUACUGCAGCACCAGCUAUCUUUUGAGGAAAUCCAGCAUGAACUUGGAUUUGAAGACGCCAUAUACAACACUGUUGUUAGAUGUCCCGGAGCACCCGCAAACACUGAUUUGAGCAAGUUCGUGAUUGCUGUCGAGGCCAAGUAUACGGAGACAACCGGUGAAGUUUCAUUUGAGUAUUCCACCAAGGAUUUCUCGGAUGCUGACAUGGAGGGUAUCCUCGAUGUCUUUGACCAUGCCUUGAACUCCGUCAUUCACUCCUCUCCACAGGAUCGUAUGAUCGGCGAGAUUGACUUUUUGAGUGAACGAUCCUGUCAAAAGCUGCGGGAAUGGAAUGCGAACCUGGAGGAUCGACCCGAGAUAUGUGUGCAUGAGAUCAUUCAGCAAAGAGCACAUGCAAGUCCAUCGGCUCCUGCUAUCUGUUCUUGGGACGGCAAAUUCACAUAUGCUGAGCUUGAUACCCUGUCGACUCGACUCGCAGAGCACUUAUCAACUAUGGGAGUCAAAUCCGAAGUGUUUGUUGGAAUGUUCUUCGAGAAGUCAGCAUGGACCGUCAUUGCACAGCUUGCUGUCUUGAAAGCUGGCGGUGCCUUCGCGUCCCUCGAUCCUACCCACCCCACCGAUCGUUUGAGCGGCAUGAUUGAGGACCUUGGAACAGAGAUCAUUCUAUGCUCCGAAAAGUAUCAUAAUAAGGCCCUCAAAGCCUGUGGAUCAUCCUUCGUCGUCAGCAGAAGUACAAUUGAACAACUACGCGAGCCUGCAUCGUCACAAAUUCAACCUGCCAAUAUCAACGACCCGGCUUACGCGAUCUUCACAUCUGGGACUACAGGAAAGCCCAAGGUGACUGUGCUAGAGCAUGUUGGAUUGAGUCUGGCUGCAUCGAGUCAUGCUAGGGGAAUCGGUUUAAAUUCCAGUACCCGUGCCUUGCAGUUUUCAAGCUAUACCUUUGAUGUUAGCGUGUUUGAGAUCAUGGUUGUCCUCGCGAAUGGAGGAUGCGUGUGUGUGCCCAGCGAGGAGGAGCGCAUUAACGAUCUGGCUGGAGCUGUGAAGAGAUUACAGGUCAACGUCAGCAGCACGACUCCUUCUAUUAUCAACACUCUUGAUCCCAAGGCCGUUCCCAAUUUGACUACAAUAAUCACAGGUGGAGAGAAGAUGCCGUCUGAUUUCCUUGAUCGCUGGUCGGACAGGUGCGUCAUCAAUGCCUACGGACCCUCUGAAGCUACGGUGAUGAAUACAGUGGGCUUCAAGAGAGAUAGAGAAGGAAGACUUGUCAACAGCGACCUGGCCUCCAUCGGCACUGCGAUAUUGGGCAGGACCUGGAUAGUGGAUGUCCGAGACUUCAAUCGCCUUGUUCCCAUCGGCGCAGUUGGAGAAUUGGUGCUCGAGGGCUGCAAUGUCGCACGUGGUUACCUUCACAAUGAGGAGAAGACAAAGGCGGUAUUCAUAACCAACCCACACUGGUCGAACCGCGAUGGGCUGAAAGCACUUUUCCCACGCAAAGAACGGAUGUACUGCACCGGAGACCUUGUACGUUACAACCAUGAUGGCUCCAUUACAUUCAUCUCGCGUAUCGAUACGCAGGUGAAGCUCAAUGGUGUGCGUAUCGAAUUGGGAGAAGUUGAGCAGGUGUGCGUUCGUAAACUCCCGGAGGCCACCCAGGUGGCUGUCGAAGUCGUUGCGCCGGAGUCAAAGAUUGUCGGAAAGUGCUUGGCAGCUUUCUUCACAGUGGCUGGUCACGGUCAGACGGACGAACAUGAACUGAUUGUUUCCAUGGAUGAUUCCCUGAUGGGAGUCGUCAAGCAGCUACAUAAGGCCAUGACUCAAUCUUUGCCCCCAGCUAUGUUGCCCAAACUGUUCUUCCCUCUUCAGCGUAUGCCUCUCGGAUCUACAGGCAAGAUCGACCGCAGAAAGCUUCGAACUAUGGUCGAUAGUCUUCCUAAGGAGCAGUUGAAGCCUUAUGCCAUUUUCAACCUCGGUAGGAAGAAUGGUGCCGAGGUGGAGAUGGUAGGAAACGAGGGAGCUCUUAGAGGUCUCUGGGAAGAAGUCCUCGGUCUUGCGCCAGGCUCUGUCACUUCCGAGGACAAUUUCUUCGGCUUAGGUGGUGAUUCUUUCUCGGCCAUGAAACUCGUCGGUGCCGCCUCGACUCGAGGCAUCUCACUCACGGUUGCUGAUAUCUACAAGACACCUGUUUUCGUUGAUAUGGCGAAGGUCUGUGGGGCCAUGGACUCUGACUCCUCUGUGGAGGAGAUCCAGCCUUUCAGUCUGCUGCCCGAUUCGAUCGCGCAGGAUGAGGUAUUGACCGAAGUUUCCGAGCAAUGCUGCGUUUCCAAGCAGCUGAUAACCGACCUAUACCCUUGUAGCCCGGUGCAGGAGGGCCUACUUACCCUCUCCAUCAAGCAGAAAGGAUCUUACAUUGCUCGGCCUGUGUUCCAGCUUGCCGAAGAUGUCGACCUGGAUGAUUUCAAGGCUGCCUGGCAACAAACAGUCGAUGAAAUGGACAUCUUGCGCACCCGAGUUGUGCACACUGAGGCGGCGAACUUCCUUCAGGCUGUUCUUGCUGAAGCACCAAUCACCUGGGAUCAUGCAAAAGACUUUGACACUUUGGCCAACGAGGGCUUCGACUUGACAACGAAUGACGGAGGCUCGCUUACUGGCUACGGAAUUGUGGAGCCCGAGGACUCCUCGGAACGGUACUUUGUCUGGACGGUACACCACGCUUUGUAUGAUGGAUGGAGUGUUUCGCAAAUCCUCAGAAGGGUGGAGGAGAUCUACUCGGACUCUGCAACUUCCACUCGUGCCUUGCCCUAUAAUUUGUUCAUCAACCACUUGCUGCAGACAGAUGCCUGUGCAUCUGACGAGUUCUGGAAGAAAUACCUUUCAAACCUGUCUUCAACACCAUUCCCUCAGAACAAGACACCAAUGGAGGAUGCUAUCCGCGUCGGAAACAGGCACUACAGCUCUGUUACCAUCCCCCAGGUAGCCAACAGCCUCAGUCUUACAGUCCCGGAGUUAAUACGUGCGGCAUGGGCUUUGAUUGUCUCCGUUCAUACUGCGUCUGGGGACGUUUGCUUCGGCGAAACGCUAAUGGGAAGAAACACUAACAUGCCUGGUGCCGCGGACGUUGCUGGUCCAGUCCUGACGACUGUCCCUACCCGUAUUGUGGUGGACAGUGACAUCGGGCUCGUUCAGUAUCUUCAGAGCGUGCGUCAAUUGGCUGCUGAGAUGAUCCCACACCAACAUACUGGACUUCAGCGGAUCAGAAAACUCAACCAGGACACAGCUUCUGCUUGCGAAUUCCAAAAUCUACUGGUCAUCCAGUCGGACGAAGGUCAGCUUAACAAGGAAAUCUGGGAACAAAAGAACAACCUGACCGAAGGCGAUUUCUUCACUCACCCAAUCGUCGUCGAAUGUAAACUGGGACAAAGUCAAAUCGCAAUCACUCUUCACCACGACGAGCUUGUCUUCGACAGUUGGCAAGCCCAGAUGCUUAUUGGACAGUUUAGCUUCUUACUGGAGCAGUUGCUCGCCAUUAACAAGGAAGAUUCAAGGAAAAUUGGUGAGCUAGAGGUGUCUAGCCCUGUUGAUAAGAAGGAAAUCGCUGUCUGGAACCAGAGAAAUCCUCCAUGCGUCGACCGAUGCGUUCAUCAUAUCAUCGAAGAGGAGGCAUCUCUCCGUCCUGAGGCUCAAGCUAUCUGCUCCUGGGAUGGCCAGUUAACUUACCGAGAACUCAUCCAUUUGGCUUCUUCCUUUGCUACUUAUUUGAGCUCGCGCGGUGUUGGGCCGGAGACUCUGGUGCCAAUUUGCAUGGAUAAGUCUGUGUGGGCUGUGGUCACUAUUCUCGGUAUCCUGAUCGCUGGCGGCGCUUUUGUUCCCCUUGAUCCUGCUCACCCUACUUCAAGGCACCGAGAGAUUCUGGCCGAGGUGGAUACUCGAGUGGUCCUCUGCUCUCCUAAAUACCAGGGCCGUUACUCGGGCUCUGUGAAGACCAUUAUUCCAGUUAGCAAGGAUACUGUCAAAGCAUAUUGCACACUCGCAACCUCGAGCACAAAGCCCUCUAGCCGGGCAAUUCCCACAAACAUGGCCUUUGCUAUUUUCACCUCCGGAAGUACCGGCCGUGCCAAGGGUAUCAUCAUCGACCAUAAGGCACUUGCAAGCAGUGGCAUGGCGUUCGGACCCAUGGUACACAUGGACCAAGAUACCAGAGCUUUCCAGUUCGCUUCCCUCACUUUCGAUGCUGCUGUCAUGGAAGUGCUCGUGACUCUUAUGCAUGGAGGUUGUGUCUGUAUCCCGAGCGAAGACGAGCGCCUGAACGAUGUUGCUGGUGCUAUCAGACGUAUGAACGUUUCGUGGUCGUUCUUGACUCCGUCUAUUGCUAGCAUUAUUGAGCCGUCUUCCGUGCCCUCAUUGAAGCACCUUGUAUGUGGUGGAGAGAAGAUGUCACGCGAGGUGAUAACCAAGUGGGCGCACCGGGUCAAGUUGAUGAACGGCUACGGGCCUACCGAGACGACAAUUUUCGCAGUCAUCAACACCGACGUUGCUGCCAUUCCCGAGCCUGCUUGCAUCGGUUACGGUAUUCCUUGUACUCUGACUUGGGUUGUUGACCCCGACAAUCACGACAGGUUGACACCUUUGGGUGCCGUCGGUGAACUGGCCUUGGAAGGCCCGGCGCUUGCUCGAGAAUAUCUGAAGAACCCUACAAAAACGGCCGAAACGUUUGUGAACGAGCCAGCCUGGAUCAAGAGCUUCCCCAGCUCUCUGCCCGCCCCAAGAAGGAUCUACAAGACUGGAGACCUGGUCAAGUACAACCCCGACGGAACUGUGCACUACAUCGGCCGUAAGGACCAUCAAGUCAAGCUUCACGGCCAGCGCAUGGAACUUGGAGAAAUUGAGCAUCGUCUGUAUGAGGAUACCCGCGUCCGCCACGCCGUCGUUCUGUUGCCAUCGACAGGGCCUCUCAAGCAACGUCUGGUGACGGUUCUGUCCUUGAACUCAUUGACUUCUGAAAGGAGCAUCAUCUCUGACAAUGCUUGCGAGCUUGUCUCCAAGAACCGCUCGACCCAGUCUGCAUACCACGAACUUGUGACUAUUCAGAAGAACCUCGAGUCCCAGCUGCCUAUUUACAUGGUUCCCCAAGCCUGGGCUCUUAUCAAGCAGUUGCCAAUGCUUGUCUCUGGAAAGCUGGACCGAAAGCGCAUCACUGCUUGGCUCGAACGCCUUGACGACGCGUCGUACGAGCGGAUCAUGCAGGAUUACGACAAUAUCAAGCGAGGGGAGAUCGAGGAGGAGAUUGAAGACGAGGUUGAAGAGGAAGAUGACACCGAGUCCUCUGCCAAGCUGCUCCGCGAGAUUUUCUCGCAGGUUCUUAACAUUCCAGAGAACAAGGUCGAUUCUAACCGGUCGUUUGUCAGCCUAGGCGGUGAUAGUAUCACUGGAAUGGCUGUCAUUUCGCGUGCACGCAAGCAGGGGCUUACCCUAACCCUCCACGGCGUGCUGCAGAGCAAGUCGAUCAAGGAUCUCGCUCAGACCUCUGAGACCAAGAUCAAAGCUGUCAAGAACGAGGAGAAGUCGGAUGAGCAUUUCGAACUGUCUCCGAUCCAGGACUUGUACAUGCAAUCGACCCUUAAGUUCAAAGGCGAUGCUCGCUUCAACCAGAGCAUGACGGUGCGUGUCACCCGGAAGAUCGGGCCGGAAGAUAUGAAGCAGGCCAUUCGAGCUGUUAUCCAACAACACUCUAUGUUCCGGGCACGGUUCUCAAAGCUUCACGGAAAGUGGCAGCAAAAGAUUAUCGAGGAUGUCGAUGCCUCUUAUCGGUUCCGCCAUCAUGCUGUAAGCAAUGAGAAGGAUAUCCUCCCCCUUAUCGCUGAUAGCCAGUGUUCGUUGGACAUCGAGAAUGGGCCGAUUUUUGCUGCCGAUUUGUUCGAAGACAUCCAGGAGUUCCUUGACUCUGGUUCACUAUCAGGAGAAAAGCCCCUGUCUUUUCAGACUUGGUGCAGCCUUCAGCUCGAGGAAAGCAAGAAGAGAAUGGGAACUGUCCAGCUGCCAUUCACUGUGCAGCCGCCUAACCUUAGCUACUGGGGCAUGGACCAGUCUGCAAACUGUUAUGGUCAGGUCAAGAUGGAAGGCUUCAUCCUGGAUGCAGCGACAACUGCCCAGAUUCUCGAUGCAUGCAAGGCGGUCCUCCGCACCGAGACCAUUGAAGUUGUUCUCGCUGCUGUGAUCCAGUCUUUCCGCCACACUUUCACUGAUAGAGAGAUUCCGACAAUUUACAACGAAGGCCAUGGUCGUGAAUCCUGGGAUUCCUCCAUUGACCUUUCCAGAACUGUGGGUUGGUUCACAACUAUGUGUCCUUUGCAUAUAGAUGGAAACUCAGAUACUCUUAAUACUCUAAAGCAUGUGAAGGAUACAAGACGUCAAGUUUCUAGCAGCAGCCGACCUUACUUCGCUGAGAAUCUUCUCCACAAGAAUGCGUCCGACUUCCCGGUUCCGCUCGAGGUGCUCUUCAAUUAUCUCGGUCAGCUGCAGCAACUUGAACGUGACGAUGCACUUUUCAAGCACCACAGAGAAGCACUUGAUGCUGAGACACUCGAGGUGGCAGGCGACAUGGGUCCUGAAACGUCCCGUUUCGCGCUCUUUGAGAUUACGGCACUCAUAAUCAAAGACCAGCUCCAGAUCUCGUUUACCUACAACCGUCACAUGCAGCACGAGCCACGCAUCCAUGGGUGGAUUUCCGAGUGCAAGCGCGUUCUUCAGGAGGACAUGCUCCGCCUCGGAGAAUCUUCACCUGAGCCGACACUCAGCGAUUACCCCUUGCUGCCGAUUACCUAUCAAGGCCUUAGCAACAUGGUCAAGAAUGCCUUCCCCAAGGCUGGUGUUGAAAGUUGGGACGAGGUUGAAGAUGUCUACCCCUGUUCUCCGGUGCAGGAAGGUAUCCUGCUCAGCCAGCUGAGGGACCCACAAGGAUAUCUGUUCAACGUUAUUUUCGAAGUGCGUCCCCAGAAAAAGGGUAAUAAAAUCGAUGCCAAGAAGCUUCGCAAGGCUUGGUCCAUGGUCGUUAGCCGUCAUCCUGUUCUCAGGACCGUGUUCAUCGACAGCAACUACAAGGGCGGUUCGUUCGACCAGGUGGUCACGAAGAAGCUUGAGGACGAGGUGAUUGAGUUCGAAUGCGAAGAUGCAGAGGCACUGGGAACCAUGGACGCUAUCAAGCUCCGCGACAUCAAUGCCAAAAGCUCGACUAAGCUUACACACCAAGUGAGCAUCUGCACCACCUCUUCCGGCCGCGUUCUUUUUAAGAUCGACAUGAACCAUGCCAUCAUCGACGGUGGGUCAGUGGACCUGAUCCUCAGAGAUUUGACGCUGGCCUACAAUGAUCAACUCACCGAAGGCUCUGGACCUCUUUUCAGCGAAUACAUCAAGUACAUUAGAGGCCAGACUCAAACCGAGGCUUUGGAUCACUGGACGAGGUACCUUUCCGGUAUCCAGCCCUGCCAUCUUCAAUUCUCGGGUGCCACUAACGUCACUCGGACACUCGGCGAGCGCUUCAUGGAUUUCCCACGCUUCUCGGAGCUGCAGAAAUUCUGUGAGCGACACUCGAUCACUCUUGCGAAUCUGACACUCUGUGCGUGGGCAAUUGUCCUCCAGAGCUGCACAGGCUCGGAUGACGUUUGCUUCGGCUACCCGUCCGCUGGUCGUGACUCCCCUGUUCCCGGGAUUCAGGACGCAGUGGGCAUCUUUAUCAACAUGCUGUGCUGCAGAGUCAAGUUCAGCCCUGAGAAGUCACUUCUCGAGGUUGCAAAGACGGUGCAGGAUGACUUCAUGAAGAACAUCCCUUACCAGCACUGCUCCCUGGCUCAGAUCCAGCACGAGCUUGGGUGGCACGGAAAAUCACUUUUCAACACGACUCUCUCGAUCCAGAACCGUACUGCCAACAAGGAUGCUGCCAACAGAUCGAUCAGCUUCGAGAUGCAAAAGGCCUACGACCCAACUGAGUAUCCCGUGACCGUGAACGUUGAGACGACUAAGGGUCGGGAGGGUAUCUUGUUGAGAUACUGGUCCGACUCCGUGACCGAAAACCAGGCCAAGGAUCUAUCCGAUGCGAUUGCUAAGAUCUUCACAUGCUUUAUUGAGAAGCCGUCUAGGCUCGUUGCGGACUUGGGUCUGCAUAAUCUACGCCCAGCCUCUCAAUUCACCAAGGGCCCUCUCAUUGCAGACCGACUGAUCGACAACUAUGCCCUGCAGCAGUUCAUCGACAGCCGUGUGAACGAGAUCAUCGGCAAUAUGCUCAAGGAAGGAAAGCUUUCUGUUCCACUCGUGCAAAGAAGCGAGACAAGAUACUCCAACGGUGCCGUUCACCUGAAGAUGGUCGAGGCUUCCAUCCGCGAUCCUGAUGCAGGUGAAAAUGAAUUGUCGGAUUCGAUUCCUUCCCUGACCGACGAUGGGUCAAGCUCCAGUGACACCGAAAGACGUCUCUGGGACCUCUGGAAAUCGACCCUCGGACUCAAAUCUAAUAGCAUCGGCUACCGCGAUAGCUUCUUUAAGCUUGGUGGAGAUAGCAUCACCGCGAUGAAGAUGGUCAGCGCUGCCCGCGAGGAAGGAUUGCAGUUGACCGUAGCAGAUGUUUUCAGCAACCCUGUAUUCGAAGACAUGCUGGCUAUCGUCACACCUCGCAGUAGCCCGACCUCCAAUGCGGAGACACAGGGCGAAAACAGCAUCGAGAAGCUGCUCGAGACUGAGAUUCAGGAAAUUCCUCAGGUUGAGCAGAAGAUGAUGCCACGUGCCGUGGACCUCGAUGUGAUGUCUCUACAGGAUGCCAUCUGUCCCAAGAUUGGUGUCUUCAAGGGCGGCAUUGCCGAUGUCCUCCCCGUCACCGAUUUCCAGUCGCUGUCAAUCGCCGCCACCCUGUUUGGAUCCAGGUGGAUGCUGAAUUACUUCUUCCUGGAUGGCAAUGGCCCACUGGACAUCAGACGACUUCGAGAGAGCUUCCUGCGCGUUGUUGACGCGUUCGACAUCCUGCGCACCGUCUUCGUUGUCCAUCGGGGACAGUUCUACCAGGUCGUUCUGCGCAAAAUCCACCCAGAGAUUAUCGUCCAUGAGACGGAGAAGAGCCUUGAUGAAUACACGGAUGAUCUCCAGAAGCGGGAUCGCGAGCAGGACCCUCGCCAAGGGGAGCAAUAUGUGCAGUUCUACAUUGUCAAGCAGAAGAAGAGCGACCACCACCGCAUCCUCAUUCGGAUGUCCCACGCUCAAUUCGACGGUGUCUGUCUGCCCAAAAUCAUGAACGCGAUCAAACUGGGCUACGAGGGCAGCACCCUACCUCCCGUCUUCUCCUUCUCCAACUACAUGCGGAUGCUUCCUGGAAACAUCACCCCAGCCCACUACCACCACUGGUCUACGAUCCUCAAGGGCUCCAAGAUGACCGAGAUCGUCUGCCGUACGCAGCCCAACACUUUCCUGCACAUUGGUUCCUUCGCGGAGCACAAGAAGACCAUCAAUCUUCCGUCCACCGCUACUGGCAAUGUCACGCUCGCGACGGUCAUGCAAUCCGCGUGGGCCAUUACCCUAGCCAAGCUGACUGCCCAAUCUGAUGUUGUCUUCGGACUCACUGUCAACGGUCGCAACGCCGGCGUUCCCGGUAUCGAGACCACCGUUGGACCCUGUCUCAACAUGCUGCCGAUCAGAGUUAAGUUCCGAGAGCACUGGACGGGCAUCGAUCUGUUCCGCUACCUCCAGGAUCAGCAGAUUGCCAACAUGCCGUACGAAUCGCUGGGAUUCCGGGAGAUCAUCCGCAACUGCACCGACUGGCCGCAGAGCACCUACUUCACGACCUCCGUGUUCCAUCAGAACGUCGACUACGAGGGCCAAAUGCAGCUGGACGGUGUCGACUACCGGAUGGGCGGCGUGGGGGUCAUCGACAACUUCACCGAUCUCACGCUGGCGUCCAAGUCGUGCGGAUCCGAGAAGCUCGACGUGUCGGUCGGCUACUCGACCAAGGGGCCCAUUCCGUCCAGCUUCGUGCGAAAGGCCCUCGAGAUGGUGUGCGAGACGGUGCAGAGCCUGAUCGCCAACCCCAGCGUGCCGCUCGCCUCCCCGUCUACCGUCCGCUCCCUGCCCAGCCAAGUCAUCCACGAGACGCUACGCUCCUCCGACACGACCUUCCAGCUGUCCCGCCUGAACACGCGUAGCAAGGAGGAAAUCCUCAUCCACUCGGACAUCCUCACCCGCACCUGGCAGCAGGUGCUCCCGCGCCGCACCGCGGCCGGCUCCCACACCACAAGCGCUGCCGCUGCCUACCAGCUCGACUCGUCCUUCUUCGACCUCGGCGGCGAUAUCAUGAACAUGGCGCAGGUGGUCUGGAUCCUGCAACAGGAAGGCUUCCAGGUCCGUCUCGAGGACCUGCUGGAGCACCACACCUUCUUGGGCCAGUUGGCCGUUAUGGCCGAGCACCACAAGCAGCAGCCGCACCCGCACCCGCACUCAGCCGAGGAGACCCUUCCUCCGGUUACCAGCCCGAUCUCCGAUGAGGAGCAGGCCGCUUCGCUAGUCAAGAGUGGAAGCUGGACCUCGUUGGGCAAGGCUGUCACAUUGGCGAAGCGGUUCACCAAAUGGGGAAGCGUUUCCACUCGGAAGUGAUACCGCCCCUUCCCAUCAUCAUUAUAUGAUUAGAUGAACAUUCUUUUGGUUUCACCAUUUUCAUACUGUUAGAUCGGUGUUUGUAUAUAAGUUUUAAUUUUUGGAUAUGAUGCUAAGCCCUGGACAUAAACUGUCUGGCUGGCUGGCUGGCUGGCUGCCUACCUGUCUGUCUUUUGGAACUUUGCUCGUUUGUUUUGUUGGGAUGAUCCUAUCAAAAAAAUGCUCAUGUUGUGGUUAGAAAUUUGGUACACAUUAGCCAAUCG